AUGAUCGAAGUUAGCUUGACGAGAGGCAAGGUUUACUCUGCCGGGGGAUCGAAGUGGGAUUUGAAGUAUGAUGUUCUUGUGCUUCUGUGUGUUAUUAUGCUUAUGCAUUCUAGUGGUUAUUCCGAUGGAACAUAUGGGGUUCCCGAGAAGGACGCAGGAUUGAGUGGCACCAUCGUCGAAUUCUCGCUUCGUGAGCCCUACGAUACCGAUGUCACGAAUCUCUCCGCUCUAUUUACGAAGAUCUCCGAUCCGGCAUACCAGUCAAUCACAUUUGAAAGUGGAGCAAUGUUCACGAAUGAUGACGACCUGGUGCUCUAUGGUGGACUUCAUCGGCCUACGGAUAGUGCUAGUACUCCGGGGCCCCAGGGGAUGCUUGGCUAUCGCGCCUUUCAAAAAGGUACUGGCAAAGAUGCCUGGGAACCAGGGUUCUUCAAUAUUACGCUUGAUGACAGCCUUACUAGGUUCGUGACAAAUGGAGCGGGAGCAUCGGUACCAAGCGAGGAUUUAGGGUUCUACUUUGGCGGAAGACGAGGGGAGAACUGGGGACCGAUCAUGCAGGACGAUGAGUCGGCCAACUUUACGGCCAAUACCCUGAUCUCGGUCAAUAUGACGCAGCAGGGGGUAUCAUCAGUGGAGCUCAUAUGGGUUCCGACCGGUGAGCGUGGUAUUCUAGUCGUAAUUGGGGGAGGAGUAUAUCCAGAGGUGCUGUACCCGUCAGGCCUCUCGAAGGCCCAGCAGAAGCAAAAUGCCGAGGAGGAUCCCUCGUUUAUGCAGGAAAUUCCCAUUUACGAUAUUGCGAGCCAAUCAUGGUAUGUACAGAACACCACGGGUGAUAUCCCGUCGCUUGGUCGGACAAUGUUCUGCUCUACGUUAGCUUCGGCCAGCGACGGGAGUUCCCACAAUAUAUAUAUCUACGGAGGCUACGAUGGACAGGACGGGGAGAAUGUGCCGUAUGACGACGUCUAUGUUCUUUCUCUGCCAUCCUUCAUAUGGACCAAGGUCUACAACGGGUCCUCGACUCACGGAAGAAGUGGUCAUCGAUGUUUCCGCGUUUUCCCAGACCAGAUGCUGGUGAUGGGUGGGCGCUUCAGGGACCCCUCGCUCUGUGUAGAAGGAGGAAUUGUCCAGAUUUUCAACCUCAACACGAUGCGUUUCCAACCUAAGUAUGCACCCGAUGCUUGGAGCGACUACAGGGUACCCGACGCAAUCAAUAGCAAGAUCGGGGGCAAGUAUGAACGCUCCUCCAUGUGGCCCAAAAUAUAUCCAUGA